GCGAGGGAUUUUCUCUCUUUAUAAACCCGCCAUGAAGAGCCCAUUCUCCCCAAGCCAGGAAAGAGCUCACGAUCAAUCAAGCGUUCUUGGCGAGCGCGUCUCUCUCGCCUCCUUCGAUCGAUUUGGCCAUGGCUUCCAGGGCGCCUCUGCUGCUCGCGAUCGUUUCUUGGAUCGCAUUUCUCCACCAGGCCGCGGCGACUGGCCACCACGGCGUGGCGCGCGGCCAUCACCAGCAUCGCGGAGGCGGCCACGGCGGCGGCGGUGGCGGAUCGUCCGGAGGAGGCUAUGAAUCCGGCUCCUGGACCGGCGCGCAUGCUACAUUCUACGGCGGCAGCGAUGCAUCUGGAACCAUGGGAGGAGCUUGCGGCUAUGGCAAUCUCUACAGCCAGGGCUACGGCACCAACACCGCGGCAUUGAGCACCGCGCUCUUCCAGAGCGGCCUCUCCUGCGGCGCUUGCUUCGAGGUGAAAUGCAAUGGUGAUCCCGAGUGGUGCCUCCCGGGCUCCUCUGUUCUCGUCACGGCCACGAAUUUCUGCCCGCCCAACGACGCGCUCCCGAACAACAAUGGCGGAUGGUGCAACACGCCGCUCCAGCAUUUCGACAUGGCGCAGCCAGCGUUCGAGCAGAUCGCCAAGUACAGGGGAGGCAUUGUGCCUGUUCUUUAUAGAAGGGUUCCAUGCCAGAGGAAAGGCGGCAUCCGAUUCACCAUGAACGGCCACAACUACUUCAACCUGGUGCUCGUCACCAACGUUGGCGGCGCCGGGGACGUCCACUCGGUUUCGAUCAAGGGCUCCAACACCGACUGGCUGCCAAUGUCGCGCAACUGGGGCCAAAACUGGCAGAGCAACGCCAUCCUCAGCGGCCAGUCGCUCUCCUUCAAGGUCACCACCAGCGACGGCCGGACGGUGGUGUCGUACGACGCUGCCCCGCCCAAUUGGCAGUACGGGCAGACUUACAGCGGCGACCAGUUCUGAGCUCUCUGAUCCAUCGACUCGACGCCGCUGGCUUUGGAUUCCCUGGGUGGUGUUUUUUUUUUUUUCCCCCCUCCUUUCCUCGUUCUUCGCUCUUUUCUCUUUCGGUGGAUUUUGGAUUUUGGUGGUGGCAGCAGCGCAGCAGCAGAUUUGAGAGCUGGGAUGUGGGAUCUCACAAACAGCCCGUGUCUGCGGCAGCAAUUACGCCACCCCGUCCGAUCUUGGAUGCUGCGGUUUAGUUUUUUAAGGCAAAGUAGCCACCCGCAUUCGAGGCAUUCCUUGGUUCUCUUCCACAAGAUUUUGUUUUCUCUUUUUUACACCCUUUUCUUCGACCAGCUCCUCUGGUUACUUGAUUUUGUUCUUGAUUCUUGGUGGCUGCCGAGGUGGUGGUGGAACACGACUACCCGCACCCACGAGAACAAAAUAUACUGGUUUUCUAGUACGUAUCGCAGCCAAGGGAACGUGAUCUCCUUCCUGUCACAAAGGAUCACAGGACUUUUGGCGUUUGUUUUUGUUUCACAAAGCUUGAUAUGAAUAUAACUUACUAGGUUAUAGUUAUGGGAA